AUGCAACUUGAUUGGGAUAGUAUAUGGGAUGAAUUGUAUGAGAGUGAUAGUAAUCCAGUGGAAGUGGAGAAAACCGGUUUUUCGUCGGCGUUAACCCGUGGCUAUAUUGUUCCUUGUGAUUUUAGUUACAGCCAAGAACAGGAGCCAUUAUUCCAGGAUGCAUUCGCCGUUAAGGGAUGUAGUGGUCCAUUCUUGGACGGCGGUGACUCAGCUUCUCUCGUUUCUUUCAUGACAAGAAUAACCAGAAACAGGUGUUUGCCUAUGGGGUUUGCGAAGUGGAUGAGCUUCUCUUACCAGAACAGCACGAGUCAGCGAGUCCUUCUUGCUGUUUUAUGAAGACGAAUCUGAGUCUGAACAGGAAAUGGAGGAUGAGAAUGAAACUACAUCUGAGCGUUCUGAGGCUGAAUGUAAGGAUGAAAAAAGUGAAGGUAAAGAUGGAUGGCAAGAUAAAGAUAAAUUGGAAUGUGAAGAAGAAUGGGUUGUUUUUCAGGAAGAAAGUGAGAGCGACAUUUCGGAGAAGGAAAUGGAGAGAGAAGAAGAAAGAAAUUCCAAGAAGAAAGUGGAAGCGUCAGGGCCAUACUUCAUCUGUCUUAGAUUAGAUACGGCUUUAGAAAACCUAGGACUUGAGAAAGCAGCUUGUUUUCACAAUUGUGGCUGCAACUGGAAAUUAUGUGAAUUAUUUUCCGAAUGUUCAUGA